AUGACCCUGCUGUCAGCACAGGCACAGGCACAGACUGGGUCCUGGGGCUACCACUAUCUGGAAACAAUCGCCGGAAACAUCAACGCGCACAUUCCUGUCUCGUUCCGUCACCGACUCGCAUCGGCGAUUCUAGAGCUCGAUUCGUCCGUUAAAAAGCGCUUGGAUUGGUUGGGUUUUGACCUUAGCAAAUACCGGGAUUACGACAGCGCUACAGUUGGCGUUGUUCUUUGUGUCACGGCGACGAUACUUCUUGCUGUCGUUAUUGCGAUAACAAUAGCCGCAAUGAGUGGCGGGAACUGGCGCAAUCCGUUCAAUAGGAGUUUCUGGAGUCGGACUCCCUCCUACGGCCCUGGUGGUGGAGGAGCACCGCAUGUGAGUGAUAAUGACUACAGUUACGUUACCGGUGGUGAUAUACAUGGACAUCCGCAAUCAAGACCUGCGCCCGCGGACGACGGACCGGAUAUUAUCUUCCUCAAGCACCACAAGUACAAAUAUACGUUGGAAUUCCCCGCGUAUGCGAUGAGCGAUGGCGCGCUAAGUGUGGGACAGCUACGACAGCGCGCGGCGGAGGUGACGCGCACGCCAGACCCGCAGCGCAUCAAGCUGCUUUACAAGGGAAAACUGUUGGGUGAGGACUGGGUGCAGUGCAAGGCAGAAGGGAUGAAGCAGGAGUCGGAGGUGUUGUGUGUGGUGUCUGAGGUGGAGCCCGGGGAGAGCUCGGAGGGGGAAAUUCAUGUCCCUGUCCAGAGGACUGGGACUGAGAUGAGUGCGAUGACCGAGGAGGGUGGACAGGGAGGCAGGAAGAGAAACCGGGGCAAGAAGGGGAAGAAGGCCAAGAAUAAGAAGGAGGCUCCGACCCCGACGCAGCCGCCACCUCCGCAGCCCCAGGCGCAUUCUCAGCAAUCGAAACCAGCUAUAUCCACCAGCGCCUCGUCGCUCCCUGCACCCGCCCCGAAUCUGAACAGCUUCAACACACCGUUCGACAAGGUCAACGCGCUGGCGACCUACUUCCGUACCGAGCUCCUGCCUCCGUCCGAGGCGUAUAUCGCAUCGCCACCGAGCGAACCCAAGUACCGCGACUUUGAGCACAAGAAACUCACCGAGACUAUCAUGGCGCAGGUGCUGCUGAAGGCGGAUUCGAUUGAUCAUGAGGGAGACCAGGGCGUGCGGAGUGCGCGUAAGGCGCUGAUUAAUGAGGCACAAGAGACGUCGCGUCGGUUGGAUCAGGCUGCUAAGUCGUGA